AUGCGUUGGUCUUCUGAUAUGUUGUGUUUUGCUCAAGAUUUAUUAUCUUCUAUGGGAUAUAAUUUGUAUGAUGCAAUUGGAAGAGGAUCAAUUGGUAAAGAGAAGUUCCAAACCAAUUCCAGUGCUUGUAAUUUAAUUCUGCCCUGUUCCACAACUCUUGACAAUCAUUUCCAUAUACCAAAUUUCGGAUAUGGUGAUACUUCAAUUGACGAAAAGGAAUUUGAAUUAUUCCAAUCAUCUAUGGGUAUUUCUAAUACAACCCUUGGUGUUUUACAAGUUGAUGCAAUGGAUUUAUUUCCGUGUUUGAGUAUUAAUACACGUACUGGAUUUUUAGUUGGUGCAAUACAAGGAUUAAUUCCAAUUUCUCAAUCAAACACUAUCACAGAGGAAAUAAUUAAUAAUAACUUUCUAGCUGAAAAGGUAAUUCAAACAUUAUUUUUGGAUGUUGAGGGGAAAAUUAGAAUACCUGGAAAUUUUCAAUUUUGUAAAUCUGAAACUAGUGAAUUGAUUGAAAAAGUAGUUGAAAAAUUCAAGGAAGUCUAUACUGACAACAUUUGUUGCACUGUUUCUGAUGCAGGAUCUGCUAAUUGGACAUAUUUUACAAAUUUAAAAAGUGAGAAAACUUUUCAUCACUUCUGUUACUCUCACUUGGCUAAAAAUAUUAGAAAUGCUAUUGAUUCAAAACCCAAACUGUUUCCAAUUGAACACAGAAAGAUAACAGAACCUAGUAUUUUGACUAAGGAAACCUCAAACACUUAUUCUACACACAAAGGUACGAAAAGUCCAAACAAGAGAUUGACCCAGAGUGCUCUCUUAUCAAAUCUCCAAAAUAAUUUAACAAAGGCCACAACUAUAAACAAGGCUACUCCUUGA